UUACUGAAUACAAAAUUCAAUUGUUUCAAUGGGGUGUUAUGUUUGAUAAGCUGCUUACUGAGUAUGAUGUUCCGUGGUGUGAACCUUUUUCUUUUUCUUAUAUUCAUUUGGACUUACCAUAAUCUAAACAUGGAUACUUCAACUUAUAUACAUGCAAGUGCAGUGGAAAGUUGUUGACAAGGGAGCUUUGGAUUUGAACUACCACUCAAGUACGUCGAAUCGCAAGAUUUCAGAUCCAGGUAACAUGGAAAGAGUGGAAGUGCUUUUGGUGGAUGAUCGGUGUUCCACCACCGAUCUUUCUUGCAAAGCUCCUAUUCUUAUGGAAUUGUGGUGGUAUGAUCAAAGAUCCCUUUGGUGGCUAAAGCUCAGUCGAAGCAUGCUUCCAUUUUGGAAAGGCAAAACUUUGAUCACAGGUGUAAAAGUUAUUGUAAUUGAUAAAAAAAAUCUUCUUUGUUGUAGUUAUGUUAACUUCAGGCUCCUAAUAUACUCAAAGGUACUUAAUUUUUGGGUUUCUUUUUUAAGAGUAUUGAUUAUAUCCUGGGUUUUGUUUGUUAUUUGGAGUUGGAGUUUUCAUUGUUAGUUAUAUGGGUGUGUUUAUUUUAGUAUGAACAUGAAUUUUGACUUCUAUGCUUUUACAUCUUUUAAAUUCUCUUGAUCCCUUUUUCACUUUUUGCAUUUGUGUAUUUCAUUGGAUUGACCUCUACACUCAUUUUAUCGGUAUGAGACGGUUGUGUAAGUCUAGGUUUAAUACGUACCUCAACUCCAAGGACACGUAUCUGUUGAUGUGACUUAGUAUAGUCUUUUUUCUGGCUAUCAUACUUUUUGAUUGCUCUAUUCAACGAGGUUAACAACAUUUUAGAGUUCUACAUGAGAUAUAUUCGUCUGUAUUGCUUUGUUUCCUUUUUUCUCUGAUGGAAUUGCCUCUCUCUUUUCAUUGUGUGGCUUUGGGUUUUAUUAUAUGUUUUCUUCAUUGGUUGUGUUCCACCAUACAUGAAGUUGUUAUUUUGUUUAACAGAAUGAAUUUGUUGGACAAUUGA